AUAGCACAUAAUGGAAGGGAAAUUUCUGUAAAGAAAAGAAAAUUGAAGGAUCAAGAUUGUUUAGUGACUUUGCGAUGUAAUGGUAAUGACUUGGGUGAUGGUGAUAUUAAUGCUGUUGAUAGGGAGGUUAGUCGUGCAUUCAGAAAACAGAAGAUAUCCAAGAGGGAGUCCAGUACGAGAGAUACAGUUGCCAGAAUAGGAAUCAAGGAUUCUCCUCCUACAGACAAGAGUGCUGCUGAAAGGGAACACCAGACAAAGAAGUAUAGAGUAGGGCACCAAUCUCAAGCAGAAUUUGGCAUAAUCCGCAAGCAGGUUUGCAAGUUCCCCCGCAAGCAGGCCCUUGGAUAUGGGAAGGAAGCGAGGACCUGCAUUGCAAUUUGAUGAAGAGAUGUGUUGUAUGUAUGUUAUAUUCCUCCCGUAGAUGUGUACAAACUAGGAUUGAUUUUGCUAUGUCCGGAAAUUUUAGAUUCAACUUUUCUAUAAUGAUUAGGGCGUAGCCAACCUUUACAAUUUACAGGUUGGGGAUGAGAAGUGUAUAAAGUUUCCACUUUUGAAGGAUAAGACACCAAGUUUUCUUAUGAUCCAGUUUUGAGUAUUAUGUACUUUCUGUUGUGGAUAAUGAAAAAUAUGAGUAUGGAUAUUGAGAGCA